AUCUUUGCUUGUUUGUCGUUGUCGUUUAUCGUCUUUAUGUCAAUGACCGACUACGCGACUAGUAACCUCUUGUGGAGUUGUGGGCAGCCGGUUUGUUAUUCAAAUUCUUUUUGUGUAAUGGUUUAAUACAUUUUUAUUAAUUGCAACUAUGGCUAUCAAUUUGGUCAAAAAUAAAGACGCACUAAUUGCAGCUUGGAAAGAUGUUGUUGAUGAUAAAUCGCAGACGGAUUGGGCAUUAUUUGGAUAUGAAGGGCAAAGUAACGAUCUAAAAGUAGUUUCUAAAGGAGAUGGUGGUAUUGACGAGAUGAAAGAAGACCUAAACAGCGGUAAAAUAAUGUAUGCAUUUUGUAAGGUUUUGGAUCCCAAAACUAGUCUCAACAAAUUCGUUCUUAUCAAUUGGCAAGGAGAAGGAGCACCAAACUUGCGGAAAGGAACCUGUGCAAAUCAUAUUAGAGACGUUACGAAUCUCUUUAAAGGUGCUCAUCUAACCAUAAACGCUAGGAUUGAAGAUGAAGUGGAGCAGGAUACCAUCAUAGACAAAGUGUCGAAAUGCACUGGAUCUGCUUACAGUUUCAAGCAGAGAUCUGAAACUAAUCCGAAGGAAGAAAGGACGGGUCCUGUGGGAACAACAUACCAACGAGUGAUUCCGAUGAAAGAAAUAAACACUUCAGAGAGAGAUGAAUUUUGGAGGAAGGAGGAAGAAGAGGAAAAGAAGCGCCAAGAAGAAGAAAGAAAGAGAAAAGCAGAAGAGCGUCUUCGAAUCGAAGAGGAACUACAGGAAAAGAAGCGCCAAGAAGAAGAAAGAAAGAGAAAAGCAGAAGAGCGUCUUCGAAUCGAAGAGGAACUACGUAAACGAGAGGAAGCUCAAGAGCUUAUAUCGAAGAGGACGAUAGACGCCAGAGCAGUUUUCGAACAAAACACGUCAGCUGGUCAAAUGCUCCAGAAGAGACCUUCAUUCCCAGGGUCAGCUUCGAACAACGGUCUUUCUAAUUCAGUGGCUGAUGAAGCUGCUGAACCGAAUUCCAUCACUUGCAACGUCCCAAAAGAAGAGGAGAAAGCAAAAGCAGAGGAAACUCCGCCUCACCCUCCUAAUAACGAGCCCCCUGCUCUUGUAAAGGAGGAAUCAUUACCGAGCCAGAUUGAAAACUUGAAUAUUUCAAAUUGUAAAGAAGAAGCAGCUAGACCUAUUAGUUCAAUUGAACUUGCUCAGCCGUAUGUGGAUCCUCUGUUCACGAACGGAGACAACCUGUUGGUUGGGGACGAUGACGAUCUAGGUUUAAGAGCUGAAGCGCUUUACGAUUAUCAAGCAGCCGAUUCAACGGAAAUAUCGUUCGACCCUGGAGACAUAAUCACGCACAUCGAUCAGAUAGACGCGGGCUGGUGGCAGGGCGUCGGCCCGGACGGCAGCUUCGGACUCUUUCCAGCCAAUUACGUGCAGCUACUCGAUUGAUCAUGUCUCUUGUUAGUUCAUUCAAGAUUUAUGAAGAUUUUAUUAUCAAGCUGUGUCGGGAGGAAGCGCUAUCAUCACAACAUAUCGAUCUCGGUCCAGUAACUAACACAUUGGUUGUGUACUCAGUAUUAUUCUUCUAAAUAAUAAUAGCUUUGAGUCAACAAUGUAAUAAAUUCUAUAGUUGUUAUUUUAUCAUUAAGAGUAAAUCUUUCAAAAUAAGUUCUCUUAAAAGUACAUUAAGCUUUAAAAAAUGUCCUUCCCUUCUAACUGUGAAUGUAUCACUUGAAAAAUAAUACAUUUAGAGCAUGAUGUUCUCCUUCAUCAAACUUAAUAGAGUAAUAUUCAGUCUGCUGUUUUCGAAAACAUUUUGAUAUCCAAAACUCUAACUAUACUACUACUUUGUUAAUUUUUUAAAAGCUCAAUAAUUGUGCCAAGUUUGUCCAAGGAAUCUAUUUUGCAAAUGAUUUUAUAAUCUUGAAGUGAUUUUAAUUCUAGUUUAUAAAAUUUCUAUAUUAUAUAUAUAUUAUGUCUAUUUUUGUUGUAUAUUAAAUGUAUAAUUUCAUCAUUUUUCAAUCUUCCAUGAUGAUACUCGAAACAUUAAUCCCUGAUAAAAUACUUUUCCUGAAAUAAUUGUAUAAUUUUAGCAAUUUUUUUUAAAACUUUCUCUACUAUUUUAAUGGUUUGAUACUGCUGUUAUGUCUCCACGAAUAGCCGAUGUAGAAUUCAAUUUUAAUCAAAACUGUUUUCAUUAACAAUCCUGGACGAAAAUAAUAUCGUUUAUUUUAAUUUUUGAGUGAUUUUGAACUUCUUCAAGAAAUUGUAAAUUAUUUGAGAUUAUUUCGAAAUGCAAUCUAAUCUUAUUGUAAUGAGCAUUUCUAAAUAGUAUUUUAUUGCUGAACCAGAAUAUAAACCAGUUACAGUUGAUCCAGUUCAAAUUUCUAUUGAAAAACAUAACAUAUCUUUAGACCCUCAAGUUUGAGAAACAUUUUCGAAUUUUGUAGUAUUGCACUGGCGUAAUCUGAUGAUUUUCUACACUUAACAUCUCAAUGUCUGUAAUUACAUCUAUCACAGUAAUUCAACAACUGUUAGAAAUUCGUACAUGCAUUUUGAGACGAUAAUCCGCAUUAUCUGAAAUAUUUGAGUAUCUUAUAGUGAUUACGAUGUCUGCAGAAUAAGAACUACCGGUCUCAAAUUUUACUCAAUGUUAGGUUGGAAACUAAAUUUAUGAGUAAUUAGGCCUAAACAUGAUGUUAGACACAUAUUAUAACUUUAUUACAGACAGGCAAAAACUGCAAAACAUAUUGUGAUCUCCAAUACCGCUCCCUAACAAUAUUUUUUGUGACUUAAUUUUUCAUUUUAAUUUAUUUUGUAGUAGGUAUAGAAUUUAUUUAUCAUUAUCAUUUCUGCAUGAGACCUAUUAUUAUGGAAGCCUUGUAUUAAAUUAAACCGAGAUAUAAUCUAUCAAGUUUUGUACUUAUAAGUGUUAUUAAUAAUAUUAAUGAAUUUAUCAUAUUGUACUACAAAUAAUAGUGCAUUAAUUAUUCUAUGACUGUAAUAUUUCCUAUUGGUAGCUUGGAUCAAGACAAUGUAUGAUAUCCAUGUAACUGAUCAUCGAGGUUGUGCAAUCCGUUUUAUUUUUAAUAUAAUAAGCACAUGAUAAUAAAAUAUUGUCGUCCUUUAUUACUGAAA